AUGUUACGUCAGUCGUUCCGUUUUAUUACACCAGUCGCUAGAACUGCAAGGGUUUCUCCAAUCUGUAGAAGAUCAUUCAUCACAACAUCAAGAGUCUUGCAAGAGGCCAAACAACCAACCAUCAAGACAGCAAAGAACCUAGCAGAAGUUAAUGGAUCAGAAUCUUUGGUCGGUCCAGGUACUCAACCAGGAAACAUUCCUACCGAUUUGGAGCAGGCUACCGGUCUAGAGAGAUUGGAGUUGUUAGGUAAAUUGGAGGGUAUCGAAGUCUUCGACUUGAAGCCGCUUGAUUCCUCAAGAAAGGGCACCAUGAAAGACCCAAUCGUUGUUGAAUCCUAUGACGACUACCGUUACAUUGGUUGUACCGGUUCUCCAGCCGACUCCCAUACUAUCAUGUGGCUGAAGGCUACUGAAGGUAGAGAAGCAAGAUGUUGGGAGUGUGGUAGCGUUUACAAACUCAAAAAGGUCGGUGUUGAAACCGAGGACGACCACCAUUAG